UUAUGCCUUAUGCUUUAUGUAAAAAUCUGUGCUCCGGCCUUUACUCGCACUCGGCAUACAUUUAUAAUACUUGUAGUAUCUAAACGUGAAUAUCGACAAGCACGGAAUUGUACGCGUGUAGAGAUGGCCAGUUUUACUCGCAAAUUGCGCCCUUACUUGAAACGUGUCCACAAUCAAUGGAGAACCUACGCAGAUGCGCCAGCCAGUGAUCAAAUGAAGUUUACAUUUGCUGGUGCCAAUCAGGUGUUCUAUGAUCAAACUGCAAUUCGUCAAGUUGAUGUACCUUCUUUCUCGGGUGCUUUUGGCAUUCUACCUAAACAUGUACCCACAUUGGCGGUGUUAAAGCCUGGAGUAGUUACAGUGUAUGAAGAAGGUGGCUCAACUAAGAAGGUUUUUGUCUCAUCCGGCACAGUUACCAUAAAUGAAGAUAAUAGUGUACAAAUUUUAGCAGAGGAAGCUCAUCCAAUAGAAAACUUUGAUAGUUCAGCAGCAAGAGACAUCCUUAGCAAAGCACAACAACAGCUUUCCUCGGCAUCAUCAGACAAAGAUAAAGCAGAAGCAGCUAUUGCAGUUGAAGUCGCUGAGGCUCUUGUGCAAGCUACCCAAUAAAUAUAAGUAAUAUAGAAUAAUGUAUGCUUCAUCCAGAUUAUCGACUUUAGAAAUGUGUUCAGCACUUAUAUCAUAUUGCUGUAUAACAAUGAAAUAAUAAAAAUAUGUUAAAUGAUAUAUAUUUUUGAUUAAAACAAA